AUGGCGGCCGGCUGCACGGCGCGCUCGCCCGGCGCGGCGCUGCUCGAGGCCCUGAGCGCGCUCCCGCCGGCCCGGGGCGCGCUCCCGAGGCUCGUGCGGGGCCUCCGCGACAGCGCCGGGACCCAGAGCGCUCAGGCCAUUGGUGGCCUCGUGGGGGUCACCAGCGCCCGCCUCAGCUCCAUGAAGACCCGGUUCGAGGGGCUCUGCCUCCUCUCCCUGCUGGUGAGCGAGAGCCCCACGGAGCCCUUUACCCAGCACUGCCUGGGCUGGCUGCGGGCCCUGCAGCACCUCCUGCAGUCCCAGGACCCCCCCCCCACCAUGGCCUUGGGGGUCCUGGUUCUCCAGGACCUGCUCCGCUUCUCCUCCCAACUGCCCGAGCUGGCGCGGGACAUCGGGACCGACCACAUCCCGGGGCUGCUGACCUCCCUGCUGGCCCUGCGCCCCGAGUGCGAGGUCUCCACCCUAGAGGGCAUCAAGGCCUGCAUGAGCUUCUACCCCCGAGCCUGUGGCUCUAUGAGGGGGAAACUGGCCGCCUAUUUCCUAGCCCGCAUCGACUCCGACUCCCCCCAAGUGCAACAGCUGGCAUGUGAAUGCUAUGCACUGGUACCGGCAUUGGGCCGCGGCUUCGCGCAGGGGCUGCGUCACACCGAGGGCUGGCACCAGGAGCUCCAGGGGCUGCUGGCAACGCUGCAUGGGCUGCUCGGGGAGCUCUUUGAGGGCUGCGAGAGCGAGCCGCUGCCCUAUGAGGGGCCGGGGGUGGAGCUUCUGCUCCCGGCCCCCCCCGACGGGGACCCCAGCAUCAGCCUCACCCUGCACAAGCGCUGCUCGGGGCUGGCGCGGGUGCUGCAGCUGCUGCUCAGCAAGGAGUUCGUUGCCCCGGUAACGGUUCCGGUCCAGGACAUCCUGGACCUGGUGUGCAGGGCCCUGAACAUCACCCCCAAAACCAUC